AUGUGCAAUCCUAUUGUGAUGUCGAUGUGGGUCACGAACACAGGAUCGGCAUACAUCCUCACGCCGAUCGUGUUAAAGUCCUUCGGCGCGGAGCGUCAACAGAAGCUGGACGAUCCGGAGGAGCAGCGCUCACUGAUGGGAUCCCUUCUCUCGGUGGCCUACGCCUGCAACACCGGAGGUAUGGGAACGCUGGUUGGAACUGGAUCCAACUUGGUGGCCGUCAGGUAUCUCAGAGAGCUGGGUGUACACAUCGACUUCGUGCAGUGGCUGGUGGUGGGCGUACCUGCUUCGCUGUCCGUGGUUUGCGUCUGCUACGUGGUGCUGUACAUGCGCUUCAAGCCCGUGAACACCAUGACCAAGGAGGUGGACACCAGAGCCCCGAAACGUUGGAGCUUCGGAGAGAAAGUGGUGGCUGCCUCCUUUGUCUUCACUGCAUCCCUGUGGGUGUUCCCAGCGUUUUAUACCCUGGCGCAUGGCAGCCACCACGACUUCGUCCAGCACAAGCUGUUGGCAGGCGUCUCGGUGCUCAUCGGCACAUUUCCCAUGUUCAUCAUCUCGGAUCGAGGUGACUCCCCUCGGUCUGUUCCCGUGGGUCCGCCUGUAGGAGGCGGCCAUAGGGUGCUUCCGUGGUCUGUGGCAAAGAAUGCGGACUGGGGCAUCGUCAUGCUGGUGGGCGGCGGUCUGGCGAUUGGCUCGCAGAUGAAAGAAACAGGGCUGGCCGACGUCUUGGCCGAGACCUUUGUCAAGUCCACCGGCAUCCAUGACAUUUGGGUGCUGACCUUCGUCACAACGAUGCUCACCAUCUUUGUGACGGAGAUCACGUCCAACACGGCCACGACGAGCAUCAUGGAUAGCGGCAUACCAAGGUGUUAG